AUGGAUCCAUCGCUGCAGGGUGCCGACUGGAAUGAGGAACACAAGACGGGAACGUCUAUCAUGGCGGUGGUGUACAAGGACGGGGUGGUGGUGGGUGCCGACUCGCGCACCACGACGGGCGCCUACAUCGCGAAUCGAACGAGCGACAAGCUGACGCCCGUGCACGACAAGAUCUACUGCUGUCGUUCGGGAUCGGCCGCUGACACUCAGGCCAUCGCCGACUACGUCAAGUGGUUCCUCAAUCAGCACAGCGUCGAGCUGGGCGAGGAGCCUGAGGUCGGUACGGCGGCCAAUCUCUUCAAGCAGCUCUGCUACGCGAACAAGAACUUCAUCAUGGCGGCCAUCAUCGUGGGCGGCUACGACAAGCACAACGGCGGCAGCGUCUACUCGAUCCCUCUGGGCGGCUCGCUCAUCAAGGAGCCGUGGGCGAUCGGCGGCUCAGGCUCGUCCUACAUCUACGGUUACUGCGAUGCCAACUACAAGCCAGGCAUGACCAAGGAUGAGGCUCUUGCCUUCGUCCAGAACGCUCUCUCGCUGGCCAUGUCGCGCGACGGCUCGUCUGGCGGCGUCAUCAGAACUGUGACGAUUACUGCCGAUGGCGUGGAGAGGAAGAUGCUUCCUGGCAACAAGCUGCCCCAGUUCUACGAGGACUGA